GUCGAACGGCACCCUCACGAGCGUCCCCACGUGCAGGUUGGCCUCGACGACCAGCCUGGUUAACUUGAACGUGAGGAUGUGGGCUCGCCCCGUGUCCCCGCGGUCGCAUGCCUCCGACACCUCGGCGUGCCGCUUGUGCAUUACCGCCGCGAACAGCGCGAGGACCACCUUCGGGCACACUUCCAUCUUCAUCUCCGCCUCCAUGUUCCCCAGCCAGGCCGCCUGCUCCACCGAGCCCUCGGAUGCUGACGGCGCCACUUCGGAGAACCGCUCGAAGGUCAGGGUGGUUGCUACGCACUCUGCCUUCAGCAGGCCCCGCCUCGUUCACCACGCCGUCCUCGAGGUCUGCCCGACUCUUCCGAACGGCCUGCGGCGGCAGCUCCACGAGGAAAUCGCCAGCGAGCCUCCGCUUGGCCUCCGCGUGGCCUCCGCGUCCGCGGGUCUCCUGAAG